GAUGGAGUGCAGAAGCGGUGGAGACACACCAGACCAAGUUUGGAGGGAAAAAAAAAGAGGAGAGAAAAAUGACAGAGGCUGGAAGCUUGGCAGAAGAAAGGAGAGUGUAAAUUGGAGAUUGUAGAGAGGGGAAGACGGGGGUGGGAGAAGUGACCCCUCCCUCUGUUACAGAGGUAUAGAAGGUGCACGAGAAGCCCGCUGCUUCCAGAAGUGCUGCACUAGUCCAGAGAGCCUGAAGCUCAGAGAAGUAGUCCAGCCACUCUCUCAGAGCUCCCUCCACCUGACCACUGCAGAGAUUUACCCGCGUGAGAGAAGCUUGUUGGAGACCCCACGCUGCAGAAGAUGAGGUGCGGGACUCGGCAGAAGACGCUGGCCGCGCUGGUUCUGCUGCUGGUUUUCAUCGCAGGAAUGGGUCUUUGUGGUCCCUCCGCCUCCCAGAGGAGCAGAGUGAGGCGCCAGAACAUGAAGGUCCGGAUCAACGCCACGGGAGACACCAUCGUGAUGAAGUUUCUGCGGCCCAACUCCGACACCAAGCUUGAGGGCUACAUCCUGGGCUACGGCAGCAGCAUGUUCUCCAAGCAGUUCAUCCAGCUGCCUGAGAACGGGAAGCCCUAUGAGACCGAGUUCGAUGCCGAACCUAAGUACCUGAUAGCCGUGCAGCCCAUUCCCACCAAUGACGUGAAGAAGCACUGCAAAGGCAAAGUGCAGCUGGACAAGCCGCUCCACCUGGUCAUCGGGUCGGUCACCCCCACCUCAGUCCUGCUCUCCUGGGGGACGCUGCUGAAGACGCCGUAUGAGAGCAACAUCAUGAACGACUGCCUCGAGGACGGACACUACACUGUGCGCUACCGUGAGAGGAACAGGAAGUGGAACUACCAAACCUGCCCAACCAGCGAAACCGUCAUCGACCACCUGAAGCCAAACACCGUCUACGAGUUCGGUGUCCAGCCCAACUCAAAAGACGGAACCGGAGUGUGGAGCAAGCCCGUCGUGCACGUCAACAGGAACAGGGAGAAGGUCAUCAGGCCAACCGUGAAGAGCCGUGCCGGCUCCGGGAAACACAUGCCAGGACCACACUUCGAUCCUCGCACUGUUUCCCCGAGCAGGACUCAGGGCAGAGUUGCCCAGAACAUAACCACAAAGACAACUCUUGGCAAAGGAGAACUCUUCAGAUCUGUCGCACCCACUCACGAAAAGGUCCCUAUAGGCCCCAAGCACAGCCUGUCUCGGCCCUUACCAGCACCCGAGGCCCCUCUGCCAGUGCACCCGAAACAAGCGCAGACACCCACAGACUCCUUGGUCAGUCCACCACAACCGAGAGAGCCGUACACAAAUCUAGAGCAACCGAACCACCAACAACCCUCAAUAUAUAAACCAAUCACGGGACCAAAACUGUUACUCCGCGAAACAGAGGCCAGCUCAAAGGUGUUGACUCACACUGGCAAAGAAAGUCAUGCAAACCCACAGACCAUGACCACAGAUCCAUCACCAGAGCAAUCCCCAUCACAUCCAGUUGCCCAGAUUCCAGAGCGACCACAAUCCCAACCAACUUCCAAGCCAGUCACACCAGGGCCAAAACAACACCACCUGACACCCACGGACAAGAUCGCGAGUGAAAGACAAAAACAAACCACCACCAAGCCCUUUUCGCAGAGACCAGGUCAGCCACCCAAAUACCCAUCGCCAUCUAGGAAGGAAUCUAAACUGCCACACAAAUCCAGUGAGGCCCCCAAACACAGCCUCCAACGCCAUAAAACUUCUCAGCCCAGGACAAAAUCCCAAGCAAAGAACCAGACCACACCAUUUGUAGCUCCGAAACGACAACAUGUUUCUUUGAAAAAAGCUCAGACAAACCCACCACUGAAAAACAAGACCCAAUUCACUGAAACCAAAAGUGGGAGAGUUCUUGAAACUCUGCAGCCUAAUUUGCAGCAGGGGCCACAAACUAAAGCAGGAGAACCAAAGACUCACAGCACAUUGAGAACACAAUCUCAGACGAAGCCGCCAAGUGAAGUACAGCAUCAACAACAUUAUCAGCCUGAUGACCAAGCAAGGACGAGUCCACAGCUCCUUGACCUUGAUCAAUCAGAACCUAAACCUAGUCUCGAGUUUUCCAUUCCCAGGCCAAAAGUGCAGUCAAAGACACAUCAACCCACACUCAAGUUAAAUGCAGAACCCAGGACACGUCAACCGACACCCAGGUCAGACACAGAACCCAGGACACGUCAACAGACACCCAGGUCAGACACAGAACCUAGGACACGUCAACCGACACCCAGGUUAGACAGAGAACCCAGGACACGUCAACCGACACCCAGGUCAGACACAGAACCCAGGAGACAUCAACCGACACCCAGGUCAGACACAGAACCCAGGGGACAUCAACCGACACCCAGGUCAGACACAGAACCCAGGAGGCGUCAACAGAUGCCCAGUUCAGACACAGAACCCAGGACACGUCAACAGACACCCAGGUUAGACACAGAACCCAGGACACGUCAACCGACACCCAGGUUAGACACAGAACCUAGGACACAUGAACAGACACCCAGGUUAGACACAGAACCCAGGACACGUCAACCGACACCCAGGUUAGACAGAGAACCCAGGACACGUCAACAGACACCCAGGUUAGACACAGAACCUAGGACACGUCAACAGACACCCAGUUCAGACACAGAACCCAUGAGACAUCAACAGACACUGCGGUCAGACACAGAACCCAGGACAUGUCAACAGACACCCAGGUCAGACACAGAACCCAUGAGACAUCAACAGACACCCAGGUUAGGCACAGAAACCAGGACACAUCAACCCACACCCAAGUUAGGCACAGAACCCAGAACGCAUCAACAGACACCCGGGUUGUACACAGAACCCAGGACACAUGAACAGACACCCAAGUUAGGCACAGAACCCAGGAGACAUCAACCAACACCCAGGUUAGACAUAGAACCCAGGACACAUCAACAGACACUCAGGUUGAACGCAGAACCAAAGACCGAUCAACCGACACCCAGGUUAGACACAGAACCCAGGAGACAUCAACCGACAACCAGGUUAGGCACAGAACCCAGGACACAUGAACAGACACCCAGGUUAGACACAGAAUCCAGGAGACAUCAACAGACAUCCAGGUUAGACACAGAACCAAAGACAAAUCAACAGACACCCAGGCUGUACACAGAACCCAGGACACAUGAACAGACACCCAGGUUAGGCACAGAACCCAGGAGACAUCAACCCACACUCGGGUUAGACACAGAACCCAGGACACGUCAACAGACACCCAGGUUGUACACAGAACCAAAGAUAACUCAGCAGACACCCAGUUUGAACGUAGAACCAAAGAAUGGAGAGCUAAAUAAAGAACCAAAGACAAAGGUCCAGCAACUAUCACAUGUUCCACCCACAACUCAACCAUCAAUAGUCCAAAUGCUUAACACAGAAGUUCCCCCCAUGUCCCUCCCGGCAUCUAACUACCAACCUCAACCUGGGAUUCAAAUUCAACUUCCGACCAAGAGUGACCCAACCAAGACCCUUCCAUCAGUCCCAGCCGCUCCUAGUCCAGCGGAAGGGGGCAAGCCUCUACCUCAACCUGCCCUGGCUACAGAAACCCCUGCUAGUUACCAUCAUGGUACCGGACCGUCCGUUGUCGAGGACGCUCGCUCUUCCACUAGCUCUGCGGCUAAUCCGGCCGGACGAAAUGCAACGCUGUUUCGCGACAGAGUUCCUCCUGACUCCACCCGUAACGGUGGCAGAUCUAUCCCUCCGUCAAAGACACUCACCCCCUCUCCUAGCUCCAACACACCCAAGGCCGGCGGGGCGCAGCAUAGGGGCAUUGCUCGUCCUAAGCCCGUGGUAUGGUCCAAAGAUCAACUUGUUCUGCACCCCUCUGUGCCUGUGAAGCCCGUGAAGAGACCCAACCUGGUGGGGAUUCCCAAUGAACACGAUAAACCCAUGGAUCUGAAGCAAGGAGACAAGAUGUCCUUCUCGAAGCCAUUAGUGUCAAGGCAGCAGACAACAACCCCUGCCCUGAAAAGCCUGAAAAUGGACUUGAAAAAAGCAGACAAGGCGGCCAUCUUGAAGCCACUACCUCCUCUCCCAAAGCGGCAGACGACUAACGCCACCCCGGCAGUGAACAGUUUCAGCGACAUCACUUUCAACGCCACCCGCUUUGACAAAAAUGAGAAUUCAUCAAUUUUCAGUUCCCAGCCGACGUCAGAUGUCGACGCCAUGGGCAGGAAGCGGUACACUGCUGACCAUGUGGUCUACAAGACUGAUAAAAAGCCAAACGAGCCGUGCUCCAUCACGUCCUCCCUGGCCUACUUCCCAGACGAAGAAGGCGUCGACAGGAAUGUGACCAAUCCCCCCAGCGUGGCGCCCUCCAACCUCACCGUGGUCACGGUGGAAGGCUGCCCUUCAUUCGUCAUUCUGGACUGGGAGAAAUCCGAUAAUGAGACCAAAGAAUAUGAAGUUGUAUCGACCACUAAGGGACCAAAUGGCCAGGAAGUCUCUAUAUUGACGACGAACCAGACGCACACAGCGGUUGAGAAUCUCAAACCCGAGAGCAGCUAUGAGUUCAAAGUGACCCCGAAAAACGAGCUGGGAACGGGACCCUCCAGCGAUCUGGUGUCAUUCAGCACCGAGUCAGCGGACCCUCGGGUGAGCGAGAACGUUUCAGGAAAAGACGCCAUCUGGACUCAGUUCCCCUUUAAAGCCGACUCCUACUCGGAAUGCAACGGCAAGAUGUACGUGAAGAGGACUUGGUACCGGAAGUUUGUGGGCAUCCAACUCUGCAACUCCCUGAGAUACAAGAUCUACCUGAGCGACUCGCUGAAUGGAAAGUUCUACAACAUCGGGGACCAGACUGGGUACGGUGAGGACCACUGUCAGUUUGUGGACUCCUUCCUGGACGGACGAACAGGCACACAAAUGUUCGCCGACCAGUUACCAUCCCGACCAGGUUUCUACAGAGCGCUAAGACAAGAACCGGUGCACUUCGGCGAAAUCGGCGCAAAGACGCAUGUAACAUACGUCGGCUGGUACGAGUGCGGCACGCCCAUCCCCGGGAAAUGGUAAGACCCUCACCACAGCAGGCGAGUGAGAAAACUACAAGGCAACAUCAGCGUCUCGCGACCAUGGACACUGCAGACGGUGCCGACCCCUCUGCCCGGGACCAACCUGUAUAGGACUGUCACACAUUUGUACUAUUUUGGAGUGAACCAAAAAGAAAAACAAAACAAAAAUAGUUGCAGUAAUCGCUGAAAUGUUUGGGAAGCUGGCUCCCAAAAUGUAAUAAACAUGUAUGAUAUUAUUUAUCAAGGGACUGUUAGUGAGUAUACAGUGUGUGCUUUCGAGGUCAAAACAGUAACAUGCAUAUUAUUGUUGCACAGAGUGGCGGUUAACAUGUACAUUUUAAAUAUGUGAAAUAAAGACUAGCAGUUGCGGUUUGCACAGUAUUCACACCGAUGUUCAUAUAUGUAUAUGGUGGGUCAGUCUUUGAUGAAGCAGCUUCAGCCCAUAUGUUGUGGGCACCUUUUCUCUUCAGACAAAAAGUGCCUGUUGAGUCCAAUGUCAUAAAAACACAACACAUCACCCGAUAGGCAACUACUUGACUUGUAUUUUGUAUACACCUCGGUUUAUUUAUCAGCUACCACAGCUAGUCGACCAAAUUGGCAUUAUUUUGUAGAAGCAUUUGUUUGUGUGCCAAUGUUUUUUUUUUUUUCCUUUGAUCAUGACUGCAAUUGUGUUUGAUAUUCUCUGUGUA